UGCUCGCUUCCGUUUGCGACAGUGCCGUUAGUGAAGAUGCGGCUUAACCAACGGGGAGCACGUUUGAGGAGGACGUGAGGUAGAAGAAACUCCUUGAAGAAAGUAAGAGAAAGAAAAUAGUUUUCCAGUUAUAUCCAUACAUUGCCAAUAGUAACUAAGAGCAAAAACCAAAUGGCUGAUGAGGGUGCAGGAAAACUCCAGCUGAAACAGGUGACUGAAGACUUAGUAAUGAACAGUGAAGAGGGAGGAAUAGAGACAGUCUCCGAAAACAAGGAAACAGAAGAGGAUUCUCAGUUGGAUUCCUCUAAUCAAAAUGGCAACAAAAAGGUUGUGCCUGGCAUAAUUUAUCUUGGUCAUAUCCCUCCACGCUUCCGACCUCGGCAUGUCCGAAACCUGCUUUGUGUCCAUGGUGAAGUGGGACGUAUUUUCUUGCAACCCGAAGAGCGAUUUAUUCGAAAGAAAAAGAAGAAGGCUGGUAGUAAUGCCAAAAACUUCACUGAAGGUUGGGUGGAAUUCCAGGAUAAGCGUGUGGCAAAGCUGGUAGCUGCUAGUUUACACAAUACUCCUAUGGGUGUUCGUAAGAAAAGCCAAUUCCAUUAUGACCUGUGGAAUAUAAAGUAUUUGAACCGCUUCAGAUGGACUCACUUGAGUGAGCAGCUUGCCUAUGAAAGGCAGGUGCGGCAGCAGCGCAUGCGUGCUGAAGUUUCUCAGGCCAAGCGUGAGACUAAUUUCUACCUGCAGAAUGUGGAGAAGAGCAAGCACUUUUCAAAGAAGGGCAGUCAGGGAGAACACGCCGAAAAGAGCUGGGGCUUUGUUCAGCGCUGUACUGAGGAUGAAAUUCAGACAAGCAAAGGAAAGAAAUGUCUCAAGCAACAGUUAGCCCGGUCUGCUGAGAUCCAGCAGAAAUCCCAGUCAAGCAAAUCUCUGUUGACCAAAAUCUUCAAUAUCCAGCAAUAAGAGAUGGACCUGUGGACUGAAGGACCCACUCAUGAUCCUGGUCUAGCAAUGUUGGCAGCCAACUUUUGCAAGCAGGGCAAACUAAGCACGCCAUCAAUCCUUCUAGGGGAAAAUGCUCAAGUUGUUCCAGUAAGUACUUGGCCUGCUGUAUUGGUGGGCUGGUGGUACAGAAGCUGCAGACUUGCCUCCUGAGCAGAAUGUUUCUUUAGGGAACUAUAUAGAGUUUCUAAAUAUGGACCAAUAUUAAAGCUUUCCUUUUACUAUUGGGGAAAAGGCAACGUUUUCUUUUGGCUCUUCCUUUGCUGAUUGAAGGUUGGUAUAAUCUAGUGAAAGCCAAGGUAUUUUAGUCCUGCCUCCAUUUGUAGAACUGAUAUAAAGUACUGCUAAGUAAGAAAAAUGUUGAGAAUUCCUGCUUGCUAUGUGGAUAUAAAGACUGAUGUUACAAGAAUAUAUGUCAUUGGAUAUGCCAGUCAGAGGUUUGGGUUUAGAAAAGUAAUAUUCAUGCAACCCUGAGCACAUGCUGCCGGACUAAAAAAAAGUGUUUUUUCCUACUCUUACGAGUUUCAGAUUUCUUAUCAGAGAUCUUAUUUAGAAUUUAGAAUCAAAUCUGUCCAUCUUUUGUAAUCUAAACUGUGUCUUGGCCCAGCCUACUAACAAUUGUUGUAGUGGGGGAAAUUGGCAGGAGGAAUACUGUGUACACUGUUCCUGGAGGAAGGGCAGGAUAGAGAUCAAAUGAAUGAGUGAAUAAACAAAUAAAUAAUAAACACUUCCUUAGCAGCA